UAUCAACUAAUGGCAUCCCUUGGCCGUCCCUCAAACAACCCGACAUCAUCUUCACCUAAUCCAAUCUGGACAUCAUCCAUCAUGCAAAUUUCACUUCAGGAGAUUGCGGCCAACGCCAUUCAAGCCAGGAGACGCAUUCGCCAUCACAUCUACAAAACCCCUCUAAUACCAGCCAGACGAAUCGGUCAUGAUCAGGACGCAAAGGUUCUGUUUAAAGCAGAAAAUUUUCAACUAACCGGGUCUUUCAAAAUACGAGGGGCACUUUCUAAACUGUCGUCCCCAUCAGCACAGGGGCCUCUGAUCACAGCAUCGUCAGGUAACCACGGCAUCGGUGCCAGUUUUGCCGCCAGAGUGCUCGCAAAGAACCUUACCGUCGUCCUUCCCGAGACAGUGGUGCAGACAAAGUUGGAAAAUAUUAAGUCGUUCGGUGUCGACGUGAUCCUGCAUGGUGCGGAGACCGGUCUGGCUGAACGGCACGCGCAGCAGCUUGCUUCGUCGGGUUCCUACACUUAUAUCUCGCCGUACAACGACGCUGAAGUGAUUGCCGGACAAGGAACAAUCGGACUUGAAAUCCUUGAGCAGCUGGACGAAAUAGAUAACAUCUUCAUUUCCAUGGGCGGUGGUGGGCUUCUCAGCGGUGUCGGAUCUGUUCUCAAAUCUUUCUCCCCCAAGACGAAGAUAUAUGGAGUCUCCGCCAGCAAUUCCAAAGCGUUGGCAGCCUCUCUAAUGGCUGGUCAUGUCGUUGAAACGGAUCAUUUCCCUACCCUGGCCGAGGCUGUGGCCGGCGGUAUUGACCAAAACACGAUAACGCUUCCUCUCGCAAACGCGGUCGUGGACUACGUUAUUGAGUGCAACGAAGCAGAGAUCCUGAGAUCCGUGAAGGCUCUUGCUGCUCAGGAGAACAUUAUCGUCGAGGGCUCUGCGGCGCUUGCUCUUGCAGGAUUCAAUAAAGUCGCUGAGAAAUUGACCGGCCAAACCAGUGUCAUCCUUCUAUGUGGUGGGAACGUUGAUCAUGAUUAUAUCCCGAAGGUAGUAUGUAGCUAGCAUUUGAAUGGAUUUGGUAAAUGAUGAAUUCGGCGAACCCCCUCACCCUUCCUCCCUACCCCCUUUUAUUUUUA